GCCAUUGUACGCAAUAUAAGACGAGCGAUUUAAAAAGUCCAUCAUUGCGACUAUUACUUUUCCUUUUCCCUUCGACGGAGUGUUUCAAAGUGUUGUUUCUAAUUUAGUAGUAUAUCAAUGGUAGCUUACGUACUGCUUCACAAAGUCAAAAUAAGAGGGAAAUAUUUAAAAAUAAUGGCUUAUACGGAUAUAUGCCCCAAAGUUAUAAAGCAGACAGUGAAAGUUAAGUUUCAAUAAGAUAUUAAGUCUGGACAUGUACGGUUUGUGAAAAUAUGUAAUAUUCCUUCUUUAAUCAAUAGAAUAUUCUAAUGUCGGUUGUGUUUUGAUUGUAAAUAAUUUCUGACGGCUGAAAUGGAGGAGUUGAGGUCCAAACACAAGACAUUGCAGAGCGCGGCUCACCACAUUGCCCUUGAGUGUAUACACCCUCAGUCUACACAUGGGUCACCAUAUCACGUACACCCGUACCCCUCUCCUGUACGGCUCCAGCAUGCGUUCCAGAGCACCCAGCACAGCCCCAAGAUGUUUCAUCCAAAGGGGCUCAAACCGCACCUUGAUCCACGGGCAUAUGGAACGCCAAAUGACAGUCCUAUUUUGGGCCGGGCACUAUGUCUCACUCCUCGAGGCAGCCCGGUGCCAGGGCGAGUCUCCCACCUAAACGAGAAGUUCCAAGACUCAUUGACACUGACAUCCGAUACCGAUGCCCUGGUCGCUAAGAUAAGCGCAAUGUUCCCCACUGUCAGCGAGACACACAUCAAAAUAUUGCUGAAAAAGUACUACAAUAGAGAAGCAGUGGUGAUAUCAGCACUCCAGGUGGAAAAACAUCCUAUCACUACUCCUGGGCCUCUCACUAUGUCGCCAUCUGCAGUGCGGUUGCAGAAAGGCGCUCCAGGUCUGCACUCUGCCUUACAGCUUGCUAAAGGCAUGUCUGGCUCUAUUCCGGGGUCCAGUCAUUUUACCCCAUUGACUGGUACGCCACAUGGCUCUCCAUCAUUAUUGCGACCAGCAUCUGGGGCUUCCAGUUACUACGGUGCCAGGUCUAUCGACGGUCAGCCUCCACGACAUCAGAGUCCUAAAAUGAAGCUUAAGUACCUCAAGAGUAUUUUCCCGAAAGCAGAAGAAACAUUGAUCCUAGAUGUGCUAGCGAACAAGGACAACAACGUGCAGAAAGCGAGCGAAGAGUUGAUAGGCAUGGGAUUCAGUAAGAAAGAGACUAUAGUGACCACACAGAAAAAGGAACCCACACCACAGCCACAGAAGAAAGUCGUCACUAUUAUGAAGACCUUCGCCGAGAAGUGUGAAUUAAAAGAAAAACUGCAGAAGAAAUACACCGACAUAGCAGAAAGAGUGAUAUCUUUGGCAUUAGAAAGUGUGGACUAUCAUGAAGAGAGGGCAGAACAGAUCCUAAAUGCUGUGCUGCAGGAUGAAGCGGCUCCUAAAGCCGUGAAGGUUGAGGUCAAGGAGUCAUUGAGACCAGCCACUGCGGAGCCGAAAAAGGGUUUUCACGCGGAGGUGCGCUCGCCGAGCCCGGUACCCGCGCCCCCCGCAUCCCGCCGCAUCAAGACAUGGACCGAGCACUUGAAGCCGAUUUUGAAGACCAGUAGCAGCGUGGACGCCAAGUUCAAGUCACAGUAUUGCUCGCCCACGAAAGGUCCUAAUCCUUCGCUACGACAAGGACCAAAGGACAGUUUGCUACUGGAGGACUAUAUUCCAUGGACGGGACCAGACCCUGAAUUGCGAAGUGGUCAAGGUGUGAAGCCUGAGGGACCAGAGACCCGUGAAAGGCCUUUUUCCCUCGCUCGUGGCCCCUCGGGGCUCGCCAAAGGCGCUGCAGGACUCGCUAAAGGAUCUCUGUAUUCGAAAUUGAACAAGAAAUCUGCGAAAAUAAUCGGUUGAACGGAUCGAGCUUACGGCGCACCAUCUUCGCAUAGCACGUAACAUGUACAUCUUAGUUCAGUAAAUUAGUUUUACGAAGUACAGGUGGCGGUAAUAUAUAUGUAUAUUUACGCGGUUUCACCGGCUCCUUACGAUUGUAGAGUGAGACAGAUACAACACUCUACAGAGCCUGUAGACACUAACUAAUCAGAAGACUUAGUACGAUGCUGUGUCAUAGUUAACGACCGCUGCAUUCGGCGCACUGACUGGCUGGUUCAUUGGAGCUGGCCAAUCAGAGCGUCUCGUUAAACUCGUACUAAGGUCUUUAGUAUCUCACCUAAACAUGCAUUGUAUUAUACCGUUACUUGUACAAUGUUUCAUCUAUCAGCAGGAUUGGAAUAAAAUGAUUUACGGUCGGUUUCACAAGCGAAUUUAGAACGUAAUUUGUAUUAAAAAUCUGCCAGUUAAUAUAAGAGCAGUGAAACUGGCCCUUAGACGUAUGUGUAUAUACCAAUAUACUAGUUGGUUAGCGCAUCGUCCAGAACCACGCAUUGUUAUGCCAUACCCGCGAUUUUUCAAUAUUUUCUUAACAAGAACACUUGUUCUUGUUUACUGAACUUUGUACUUACAAAGUUCAGUAAAAUGCUGAAAUUUGAUCUUACAUUGAAAUAUAUCAUAUAGUUUUAGAUUAAUUUAUUAUUAUGCGUCUUUUAGAUUUCUGCAGGAUAUUAUAUUCCGCGCCCUUAAAUCUUAGGAAUUAGGUUUAAGAUGCCAUUUAAUUCGAAAUCCUGUUACUAAAUGAAACAACGCGCAUUUAAUUUAUUGUGUAAAAAUGAUCUCAUUAUUUUUAAAUACAUUCCUUGAUAAACUUUGCUCAAGAGAAAUAUAUCGAUUACGAUUAGGAGGCACUCUAAAUAAUAACUAAUACUUGCCUAAAUAAUGUUUAAUGCUAUUUUUUAUAUGAACAGUAACUCAAUCCAUUUUUAUACGUCCUUGUUCAUUUUUUGUUACAUUAAUAGGCUAAUGUGAUGCUACAUGCUAUUCAAAAGAGCCUUGAAUUGUUUUGUCUCUUUUCAUCUUGAGGAGUACGAUAGUGAUGAAAAUACCUUAGGAUCAUCUUUGAGUGGUUUUAAAAUUUAAGGUCAUCGCACGGCUCCGGCACCCAGCAAUUGGGUACUUUCCUUAUAAUCCUAAAAGUUAAUUAUUUCGACUGUUCAAUACAACAAAAUAUAAAAAAAUAA